AUGCAACGUGAUAUAGAGACACAUAAAAACGUUAAGAAAGACAAGGAAUUUCUCACAGAGACAAAUGUUCUAGUUACAAAUAUUUUGGAUAAAUUAGGAAAUACACUCAACUUAAUAUCUCAAGUUGAUACUUCUAAACAGCGUAAUAUUGAAGAUAAUGUAAAAAGCUACUAUCUAAAUGUUUCAGAACUGUCAAGAAUUUUAAAUGAAAGGAUUGAUCAGAUGAGAGAUCAUGUGGAGAUUCAAGUUAACGCUGACCUUCAAAGGUUACUUAGCAAUAUUCAAGGUAGUGAGAAUAUAGUGUAA